CAACAACAAAAGAUAAUAAGAAAAAAACAAAAAAGCAGACGCAAAUCCUUAGUGUAAAAUUAGGGGAAAUCAACCAAAUGCAUUCCCAAUGUCUGGUCCUGGUGCUGCUCUAUGCAGCCGUAAUCCACGCCAGUGAUAUCACAAAUAUUGUGUUUGGGAAUGUUAAGGAAGGUGUUGUGGCAGCUUUUGGUGACUUUAAUUCCGAUGAACUUACUGACAUAUUCGUCAUUCAAGAUGACAGAAAAAUUCUACAAAUAUUAUAUGGAGCUGACACGGAACCACUAUUACGCCUGGGUCCUUUCUGCAACUUUAAUGACAAAAGGAUUGUAAGCGUAACACCUGGAGACUUUGAUGGCGAUGCCUUGAUGGACGUAAUGGUGAAUGUGGAGAGAAGCAAGAAUAUCUAUGACGUCUAUAUCAGUUGGGGUAAUACCACAAUGUUGAAUUGUUCAAAAGAGCCCAUUAUUCAAACAAAGGGCGAGGCAAUGGCUCUAGAUUUCAAUCACGACAUGAUCAUUGAUCUGUAUGGAUUAGAUCCGAAUGAUACGCGAAGUUUCUGGAUCUUUAAUAACAAACGGGAGCCACCGAAGGUCGUGCAUCAGGCCAUGCCCACUGGGGGCACAGCUCAAACUUUGAUCAUCCCCAACGCGAAUGCAUAUUUGGAUUUGAAUGGCGAUUAUCUAGCUGAUCUGUUUCUACAAACGAAGACCUCUUACGAGAUUUGGUAUGGGAUCAAUGAGAAGGAUGGUCAAGAAAACUUUAGCUAUCAGAAUUCCAUCACCUACGAGCUGGUGGGCUCUAACGACUACGUUGUGGGCCAAGCAGUUUUCAUGGACUUCGAGCUACGUGGCGUGCAAAAUAUUGUCGUACCCUUUUGCGUGCAGGAGAAUUGCAAAAAUUCGACAAUAUUUGUGCACGAUGGACACAUGUUCUACGAUGUCCAUGUGAACUUUAAGGAUCCGCAUGGCGUAACCUGGGGAUUUGUGCCGCCAGACCCGAAUGAUGUGUAUUUGAAGACCAUCACUGCCCGCAGUGGUGACUUCAAUCUUGAUGGCUACCCAGAUUUGCUUGUCACCUUGCAACCGUUGAGUGUGGCAAAGCCUGUGAUGCAAACGUUUCUCCUAGAGAAUGUCGCCUGCAAGACGUGCAGCAAGAAAUUCAAGCGCACCUUCGAAGUGCACUGGACAGCGUUGGCGCCCAUGGGCAACAAUACAGUUGCUGGUGCGUUCUAUGACUUCUACCAGGAUGGUGUGCUGGAUGUGAUACUCAUGGAGAAGCAGCAGAAUGGCAAUUAUCGUCCACUUGCGUUCCGCAACACCCUCGACUACGACGCCAACUUUGUGAAGGUGAUUGUGUUGACUGGCUUGGUGAAUGUCCUAAAUCCCACAUUGCGCACGCCGUUGGGCCGAAAGAAGCGCACGUAUGGCAGCAAUCUACCUGGUCCGAUCAUCACGUACAACACAACCACGCAGGAUGGCGAUCAGCAAAGUGGCAGCAGUGUCCAACUGCCCCAAUCAUCCUACUUCGCGCUCCAACUGCCCUACACGUGCUUCGGCCUCGGCCGCACGCCAAAUUUUGUGGAUCAGCUGGUCGUAGGUCUCUAUGGCAAGUGGCAUAGCUGGACCCAGCUCAUACCCAACUCUCAGAUCAUAGUAGUGCCCAAGCCGCUCGAUCAGCCGCAGCACUGGAAGGCGCUGCUCUUUGUCACGCCCAGCAAACUGAUCCUGAUGAGUGUUGUCGCAUUAGGCGGCACUUGUCUCGUGAUUGUGCUCAUCAUAUUGGUUCUGUAUGUUAAGGAGAAGCGCGAGGACAGGCAGGAGCGCUUGCAAGAGUCACAUAGAUUCCAUUUUGAUGCGAUGUAAAAAGCA